CAAUCCCCAAUGAAUAAUCCAGCUAUCAUCAUUGUUCUAACUGUCUUACCAUUGCUUGGGUACUGCCAUGCUGCCGAAUUGCCUAAAUACCAGGCCAUUGUUUAUCCCGAAGUGUUCGACGGGCGAGAUGAAGGCACCAGAGCUCUCAAAGUCACCGACGACAUCACCUUGAAUUUGGAGCCGUCCUCGAUCCUGCAUGAAAAUUUUUUUCUCAGAACGUAUCGACAAGGCAUUGCACAACACAGAUACUUCAACAUUGAAACGCUCCAGCGAGGCUUGUACCACGAUAAAAGACGCUACGCGGCAGUCGUACUUUCGGAAGAUGGAAACACUUUACAAGUGGAAGGUGUCGUCGGACCAAACCUGAAGAUAAGACCCAUUGAAAUGAAGGAGCGCUCUGAAAAUGGCCGUCAAGCUCAUCUCCUAGAGACUAUUGAGGACUCGGAUUCCGACAAUGUUCACG